GCGGCAGUGUCCGGAUCACUGAAUACCAAUGUCCGACGACCUUGGCGUCAAGUUGACCAUCAUCAGCAGGCCGCUCGAUUGAACGCUCCCCAGAUCAUGUGGAACGAAUAUCGUCUCGUCGGAAGCUCGAUCCCGAGCUGCAGGCCAAACGCUGUCGACGACGAAGAGCGGUCCCUUACCACCGACCUAUCCAAUCGCAUACCCAUGGAAGUCUAUGAAAAUGUCAUCGAGCACAUGGACCAGUGCACGCUCUACAGUUCCGCAUUGGUUUGUCAGGCAUGGAAUCCUCGCGCCAGUUACCUUCUCUACCUCACCAUCCUCAUCACCUCGCGCGCGAGCUACGACUUGUUGGUGAAGCAGCUACGCACGUCGCCCCGUGUCCAGCGGUGGCUACAGUCCACACGCCAAGUAGCGCUCGGGGAACAUUGGACCGACUCGGUUACCCCAUUCCUGGACGCCUUCCCUCUGGUCUUCGGCCAUGCAUGCCCUGCCCUGCAAGGGCUCAACAUUGGUUACGUUCUCCGCCCUAAUAUGCAUCCGACUUUCCAUGUUGCCCUGCGUCAGCUCCAACACCUCGUAUCAUUACGCCUGCAUCAUGUCGAUCUGAGCAACAGCACCCAGUUACGACGGAUUGUCUGUGCGUUUCCGUGUCUGAAGGAGCUUGCUUUGGACGCCGUGCUACUCCUCCACCCACAGCUACCACAGUCUGCUGGUGGUAGGCCCCAAAAUGACCCUUCCCGAGGCUCCUGCAACAUCCGGCUCAAACGACUCCAAGUCGUAUCGGACACCGACAAACACGUACAGACGUUCGGACGGACGGCCGAUUGGCUUAUAUCCUCGGGGAUCUGCAGCUCUCUGGCCGAACUGGUGACGGCCUUCUAUGGCACGCACACAGAGCUUGCCAUUGAGCAUGUCAAUCGGCUCCUCGAGACGAUGGGGCAGUCUCUGACCUCUUUCUACUGUCACAGCGACCUCAAUCUCCUUCGUGAGUAGUCUUUCGGUUCCGUAUGUUGUGUUGGACGUCGCUAAGCCUUGGUCAUCCACCAGAUCACUCCCCUUGCAACCUAGUACAUAACACGGCCUUACGUCAGUUGACGGUAAGGCUGAAUGUCGACCCCUACCAGCCCACGGAGGUCUCGGAAUGGGCAGACGCGGCAAACGAGCUUCGUGGGGUCUUUUCCACGGUGCGGAGCUACCAGCUCGAGCACAUCACAGCCCACUUCAGG